GCUUCUGAGGGCCCGAGCUCGGGCGACGUGUGUGCGUGCGUGCGUGCUCGCGUGCGUCCCCGUUUAGUCCGGUGGUUCGGUCGUCCCCGGCGCGGAAUUGCUGCCGAAGGGGCCGAGGUUCCUUGUCUGUGGGUACAGAGUCGAGUCUUUAAAAAAUACAACAUAAAAAUGGCUUCGAAAAGAGCUCUGGUCAUCCUGGCCAAAGGAGCAGAGGAGAUGGAGACAGUCAUCCCCGUAGAUGUCAUGAGGCGAGCUGGAAUUAAAGUCACCAUUGCGGGUCUGGCUGGGAAAGACCCAGUACAGUGUAGCCGAGACGUCGUCAUUUGUCCUGAUGCCAGUCUGGAAGACGCAAAAAAAGAGGGACCUUAUGAUGUAGUGGUUCUGCCGGGAGGCAAUCUGGGUGCGCAGAAUUUAUCUGAGUCUGCUGCUGUGAAGGAGAUCCUGAAAGAACAAGAAAAAAGGAAGGGCCUCAUAGCUGCCAUCUGUGCAGGUCCUACGGCUCUUUUGGCUCAUGAAAUAGGUUUUGGAAGCAAAGUUACAACACACCCACUUGCUAAAGACAAAAUGAUGAAUGGAAGUCAUUACAGCUACUCCGAGAACCGUGUGGAGAGAGACGGCCUGAUCCUCACGAGCCGCGGGCCUGGAACCAGCUUUGAGUUCGCUCUCGCGAUCGUCGAGGCGCUGAACGGCAAGGACGCGGCUGACCAAGUGAAGGCCCCGCUCGUUCUUAAAGAUUAGAGCGGACAGCUUUGAUCAGAAGUAGAGAAACAGGCCGUUUGUAAUCAUUCUCACCACGUUCGCUUGAAGCAAAACGUGCGGUUCCCGUGCAGAGUUUCCCUGCCUGUGCCCAGGUCCCCACGGUCCUGAACCUUGAUGGCAGAGCAAAUGGCAUUUAGCAAACUACCAAUUGUUACUUUGUUUAUCGCUGGUUUCCCCUUGUUGGUAUGUGUGAAACCAAAUUCAUGAUCAGCCUCACUUGCAUCUGUUAACUGUUGAUAGAGCUACUGAGAUAGACUAGCAGUGAACACAUUAGACACAGCAAGGAGGAAAAGCGUAAAGGCAGAGAUUUAAGAAGCUUGUGAUUUUCUCUCAUUUGAAUAAUGUGCUGUUAAAAAUACCAAUGAAGGGGCUCCUGGGUGGCUCAGUGGGUUAAGCACCUGCCUUCGGCUCAGGUCAUGAUCCCGGGGUCCUGGGAUCGAGCCCCUGCAUCGGGCUCCCUGCUCUACCAGAAGCCUGCUUCUCCCUCUCCCACUCCCCCUGCUUGUGUUCCCUCUGUCGCUGUCUCUCUGUCAAUUAAAUAAAUAAAUAAAAUCUUUAAAAAAAAAUAAAAUA